GACAAACGUAUAAAUAAAAAGCCGGCAGGCCCCGCUUUUCGCGCCCUAAUCGCGUGAGACGCUAAACCGUGAGCAUAUUUUCUUUUUUGUAUUUCGUACAUUCCAAACAAGAUCACACACAGCACGCUUAAAAUGGCCCCAGCCGACAAGGGCAACCCGGACAAGCAUCGUAACGUGGAGCUGAAGGCAAGGCUGGGCGGCGAGGAGGGCUACGAGCGUCGUGUCGCGAUCGCGAAGCAGCUGACCGGCACGGACGGCACGGUGAUCACGCAGAGGGAUGUCUUUUUCCACGCCACUACCGGCCGGCUGAAGCUGCGCUACCUGGAGGACAAACCGUCCGAGCUCAUCAGCUACGACCGGUCGGACGUGGCCGGCCCGAAGCUGUCGCUCUACUCCAAGAUGGACGUCGCCGAGCCGGCCCUGCUGGAGCAGAUCCUCGCCGAAACGGUCGGCGUGCGGGGGCGGCUAAACAAGCGGCGCCUGCUCUUCCUGCACGGCCAAACGCGCAUCCAUCUGGACGUGGUGGAAUCGUUGGGCCACUUCAUGGAGUUCGAGGUCGUGCUGGAGCCGGAGCAAACGCUCGCCCAGGGCCAGGCGAUAGUGGACGAAAUGAAGCGCUUGUUCGAGCUUUCGGAUGCGGAUCUAAUGACCGGUGCGUACAUUGACGAGCUGCUGAAAUAAAUGCUGGCUUCGCUGGCUUCGCUGCUCCCCUCCCGUU